AUAAUGCAACAACAAACAAGCUAAAACGCGACGCUAAAACGUGUCAGCACGAGUUAUGAGUCCUCGUGUGAGCCUCAGCGUCACGAGCUGUCAAACAAUUUUUUUUAAAACGCGGAACUAUAACUAUACACAAUAAAACGAGUUUACCGUCAACGUUAUUUCAUGGAGACAGAUUAAUAACUUUAUUUUUUUCCUCCUUUUUUUUCUGCACAGCUGUGCGGAAGUGACACAGCAGGCGCGCGCCCCGGUCACGUCACGCGAGAAAGCACAGAAGCUGAGCGAGGAAAAAAAAAAAGAAAAAAAAAAAAGGAAAAUAAUGUAUCAACAACAAGAACAACAGUUAGCUGCAGAUACAGCAGCGUGAUAGUCCGCAGACAUGUCCGACACGUCGUUACCCGUCCGAAAGGAUUGCAUGGACUCGUGAAGGCUAUGAAUUCCUCUGAGUAUGGAGAAGUUUCAGAAGAAGCGAUGCUUGACAACGAACAUAAUCAUGUCCAGGACGUUAAGGAGGAAUCGGAGGACUUUGCUAUUUGCGAGUCAACUGAAGGACUCGGAGGAGGGCCUCCUGGAGCCCCCGAGGCUGGUAAACGGCCAUCUGCAGGGACGGGCUCUUACACAAACCAGUCCACUAGCAGCAAGAGAGCCAGACUCUCUGGCGAGAUGAGGCGGCACUUGAUGGAUGAGAGCGGCAGGCACGAGCCUCUUUGCCUCGCCACAACUGGGGAGAGGAGGAAUUACGUCCAGCAGAAACCCAGAGUCUCCUACAGGAAGCCUCUCUUCAGCAUCUCCCACAGGAUCUCGGAGAGGAGGAACACGCCGAGUCUUGAGCAGCAGGCCAGUCACGGGGCCGCUAAUCAGCUCAACUUCGCCGGCAACCUCUCGUCCAAGCUCCAGAGUUCAGAGGGAAAUGGCCCGUUGGAGACCCCCCCCGCCAUUGACGCCUUAGGCCAAGCUUCGUCAACGGACACAAGCCUUUAUCCGCUGAUUGAGAAAAUGUUUCUCAUCCUCAACACCCUCAAUUCAAGCAUGACACAGCUGCAUAGCAAAGUAGAUUUGUUAACCCUUGAAGUCAUGCGAAUAAAGAAGCAGAUCAAGCCCGCCGAGAUGGUGACGGAGUUCCAGCCUCCCCCCGAGUAUCUGCUGACAAGUGACCAACUGAAUCAGCUGAUGGAGCAGACCUCCAGCGCUGGGGAGCUUGGGUGCCGGCUGCUGGUGCAUCUCUUCCCAGAGCUGUUCAAGGCCAGGGAGUGCUCACAUGAAUGCAUGGCGAGCAAGAGAACGCUGGAGUCCCUCCAUCUGCAGCUGAUCCGUAACUACGUGGAGGUGUGCUACCCUUCGGUCAAGAACAACAGCGUCUGGCAGGAAGAAUGCCUCCUCCAGAUCAAUGACUUGUUCAACCGCUUCUGGGCACAGAGGGACAUGGAGAGCGCUCGGCUGCUCAGGAAGCAGACAAUCGCAGGCGCCGCGAUAAAGGCGGAGCAUCCUCAAACCUACCGCUUCAUCAACGAGCAGGGCCAGGAGGAGCACAUCCCGUUGGAUAACCAGCAAAGCAGCGGGGCUGCGACUGACCUUGCGUUCAAUGCGCAAGCCACAGAGGAGCUGGACGAGUUCUCCUCGCCCGAGGACUUUGUCGUCUUUCUCAUGCACCGUCUCUUCCCAGAGGUUUUUGAAGAGGGGAAAAUGCCAGAAGGCUCUGGUCGCUUCAGCAGUGCGGGGCAGCUCAUUCUGGACUCGGACAAGAUGGAGAUAAUAAGGAAGUAUAUGGAAGCGAAUUUUCCUGAUGUGCCCGAGGACAGCUGGCUUCAGGUGUGUAUUCAGCACAUGGAGGAUGCUCUGGAGGGUCCUCACAGCAAUGGCAAUGGGAGUGACCCCGACAACAUCAACGACGAGGGCUAUGACCUGGCCAGCCUUCCUGAGGAUGUUUCUAUUAUUAAGGUACCGGAGGAGGCCGAUUACGAAAGGCCCGGUCGCAAGGCCAAAAAGUCGCUGCUCACGCCCGUGGAUUUUGACAAUCUCGAGGUUCCUCUUCCCGAUUUCACCGUUCCCCAGGAGUACCUCUUGCCCAGGGAGCAGCUGAAGAACAACUAUGAAUGUAGCCUGUCCAUCGGGAACUUUGCCUCUCGGCUGCUGGUGCUCAUGUUCCCUGAGCUCUUCACCCACGAGAACACGCGGAAGCAGUACAACUGCAGCGGCUCUCUCGGCAAAAAGCAGCUCGACCCCGUUCGCGUGAACCUCAUCCGCCACUACGUGCAGUUGGUCUAUUCUCGGGCCAAGAACGACCGAGUGUGGAUGUUGGAAUUUGUGGGCAAGCUGGACGAGAGGUGCAGGAGGCGCGACACGGAGCAGAGGAGAUCCUAUCUGCAGCAGCGCAAAGUGUACGGUCACGAGUCAGAGCAGGACUUUCUUUGCCACCUGAACCAGCUCAACCCAGACAGCAUGAGGGAGGAUACGGAUGCUCCCCCUCUACCUCCUGAGAAAAGUAACAAAGACUUCUGUAAAAUCCCCCUGGAGGAGCUGACCAUAUCCAUGCCGGACUUCCCUGUACCUUCCCUCUACCUGCUCUCAGACGCGGAGGUCCGGGAAAUCGUCCAGCAGAGUCUCUCCGUUGGGAACUUUGCUGCCCGCUUGCUGGUGCGCCUCUUCCCGGAGCUUUUCACUCAGGAGAACCUGCGGCUGCAGUACAACCACUCGGGGGCCUGCAACAAGAAGCAGCUCGACCCCGUCCGCCUCCGAUUGAUCCGCCACUACGUGGAAGCGGUGUAUCCUGUGGAUAAGAUGGAGGAGGUGUGGCACUACGAAUGCGUGCCGAGCAUCGACGAACGCUGCCGGCGGCCUAAUCGCAAGAAGUGCGACAUCCUCAAAAAGGCCAAGAGGUCAAGCACUGUGUCGUAGUUACCGUAGUAUUCAGUUAGGCAACACUUGGUUGAAAGAAAAAUAAUAAUAAUUGCACAGUAUAUAAGCUGAAACCCCGUUGUGGAACCUUUUCCAAACUGUCCUAUGUAGGAUGAAGCCAAGCUGUUAUGAGUUUCUUCAGUACCCUUCUUAGUCAUCUUUUACCUUUACAGCAGUAUAUGUUGUAGUCUUAUUGUUGGAUAAAACUGCUUCUAUUUAUGAGCCCAAAGGGUCAUAGCUCAUCUAACAAACUUUGUCGAUAAAUGUUGUAGCCUUAAAAGCGAUAACGAUAUAGUAGCUUAUAGCGUAGGCCACAUAUUUGCCCUAUGGAUAGAAAUGGAUCACAAUGAUGUGAUAUGUUUCCUUUGCCGUUACUGAUGUAGCAUUGUGCCACCACUGUUUUAAUAACAAUGUGCUUAUGUUAAGCCUUCUUAUAGAAGUUUAUAUUAUAAAGACAAUUUAACAUGACAAUGGAUCAUGGUAACCGAUUUCUAAUAAAAUCACAGCUAUGAAUACGAC